UGCACAUUCGUCAGGCUGUUUAUUUUAAUUCCGGCACGAUUUCUCAAUUCUACAGCUGCACUUCUUAUCGAGAAUGCCAUUCAUAACCUAUAGCGAGAACACGAUCCCUUAUUCGCCAAUAUUACACUGUCUCUUCGCGAUAAAUACUGCCGGCGAUCCGAUUAUGAAGAUGUGAACAAAGAAAUGGCAAUAUUUGUCGAUUUAAUUUGGGAACAUGUCUACUAUGUUAUCAAACGAAGCUCAACUGCGUUACAUGAUAGAAUGGUUCCAAGAAUGGUCCGAAAUGCAGCGAAAUGAUUUUCUGAGUGUGUUGCUGGAGAACUGCGGUCCUGCGGGGCUUGUGAACGGACUAGUGGCCGGAAUGGAGAAGUUGGGUUGCGAAGGAUCUGACAGGCCACCGAGCUUGUUCCAAUGUCGCGUCAAGCUCUUUAGAGAAUGGAGUAGCAAUUGGUCGCAAUAUGAGAAAGAUUCUUUGUUGACAGCUAUUAAGAAUACAGAUAGUAAGUUUGCUGAAAUGUAUGAAGAAAGAUUAUCAUCGUUGGCGGAAGACAAACAGUAAUAUGCAAGCAUCUUACUCUUUAUGACUUACAAAUUCCAAAUAAAGAUAUAUUUCUAUUUUUUAAAUUAAUAUAAAUUUUGGCAAGCUUAUUUUUUUAU